AUGCCAGCCAAGAACCGGGACCGCCAAGUACAAGAGGAAGCCAAUCACUUCGUUUCGAAGAAGGCAAACAAUCCCAAGCCAUGCAAUCACCAUAAGCCAUCCUUGGAAGAACUUCAACGCACAACCUUCUCUGAUUAUGUCCGAAAUGUUGUUCUUCAAAAGGCACAGAGAGACGUCGAAUAUUCGGAUAAUGAGGCACCGCGAGUAGAUCGUGAACUUCUGGAAAGAGCCCCAAUUCAUUACAACAAUGGUAUUGCGAAAGUUACUUUACCAUCUGAAUUCAACGACAAAUCGGGCAUAGCAAACGAUGAAAGUGGAAGAGGUCCAGGUUGGGCCGAGGGUACCUCAAUCGGAAAUAUCACACUUCCUUCACCAAUAAAGCAAUGUGUUCGUGGAAUAGGAGGUAUUUAUGAAUUUACUUUUCUCGACCAGUCGCCAAUUAAGGUUUCUGAAUUCCGAAAGCGGGCGGAUCAGUACUUUGCUUCCCAAGUGGGCGGAAAGUCAGACUUGUCUGUAGAAGAGUUGGAGCGUAAGUUUUGGAGGCGACUAGGUCCUACACAAGAACCUUCAAUGUAUGGUGCGGACAUGAAUGGGACUUUAUUCGGAGACGAUGACUGCUUUGGUUGGAAUAUAUCAAAAAUGCGAUCAUGCCUCCAACUUUUACAAGCCGAACAGAAAGAUUGCCAUGAUGAUGGUAUUCCAGGGGUGACCACACCAUAUCUGUACUUCGGGAUGUGGGGAUCUGUGUUUUGUGCGCAUUCAGAAGAUAUGAAUCUACUAAGUAUAAAUUACCUUCAUGCCGGAAGCCCGAAGGUAUGGUAUGCGGUAGCUGGCGGGGAGGAUGCAAAACGAUUGGAACAGUUUUAUGAUAGCAAUUUUCAUGAAGCAAAAUCACAGUGCUCUGAGUAUAUGCGACAUAAACGCUGUCUAAUAUCCCCCAUGAUACUGAAAAAAGCUGGAAUAAAUUUCACAAGGACAGUCCAAUAUCCUGGAGAUGCAAUAAUAACUUUCCCCGGUGGCUACCACUUCGGUUUCAACUCUGGAUUCAACGCAGCCGAGGCAACGAACUUUGCUGUUCCUGAAUGGGUUCCAUAUGGAAAGCUCGCACAUGUCUGCUUAUGUAGACCAGACAGUGUUCGAAUAGAUAUGAAAAGAUUUGAGAGAUUGCUCCUCAAAUACGAGAAAGAAGUAAAGCAAAAGAAGAGAUUGCAAUGGAAAGAUUGGGCGAUGCGGGUUGUGAAGAAGAAAAUGAAGACAGAGCGAAGCCAUGAAUCUGCAAUAUCAAUCGAAGCCGCUGGGAAAAGAAAAUCGACUUCGCAAAGGAAGGAAAUCUGGAUUGAAGUCCAGACAACCUCACGUCAACCAAAAUCUCGAAAACGGAAGCAAGCAUCCAAGAUCGAAGUUUGGCAUCUUGCAAAACCAGGAAGUCGGAAAGCUUUUCACCCUGAUGUACGGGUGCUCUGUCUUACCCCAACCGUCGCUGAUUCGUGUUCUUCAGAUAGUGAAGAGGACGAAGAGGACGAACAUUGUUUUGCUGGAGUAGUUGUUGAAGUGAGGGAGGACCAUGCAAGAAUUCGGGUGGACGGUUGUUCGAAAAAAGACGAUGUUUGGAUGCCACUGAAUAGUCCAAAAUUGUUCCUGGAUGGGGGUAGAUGGGGUGAUGACGGGACUGACGAAGAUCUGCCUCCGCUACAUUAUUGGCGUGAAGAAGAUUCAAAAAGAAGAUGUGUUUGA